UUUCUGCUGGCCAGCCCAAACAGACGUCGUGGCCCAAUCCAUUUCCAUGCCGUUUCAUUACAGACUGUCGUUGAUUUGUCAUUAUUCGUCAUUUUAACUGUGGCGACUGUUGACAUUUAAUCGAAAAAAAUCAUCUCUGAGGUGUGUUAGUGAGAAAUUGAAACAAAGUCCCCGAAUGAACAGCUACAACAAAUGCAAUGAAUCGCUCCGCACGCAGACGCCCAGAACCCUCAAGAACAGGUCCUCUAUCAAAUGGAGAUGUUGAAGAUCAACCUCGAAACAUGGGUGGAAACGCACCAGAGGCACCAAGUGACAUUCGUGGGGAUCGCCGCAACAUUGCUGUUCUAUUUCUACUGUAUCUCCUGCAAGGCAUUCCUAUGGGAUUAGCAGCUGCAAUUCCAAUGCUGAUGCAGAGCCAUGGAGUGAGCUAUAAACAGCAGGCGGAGUUCAGCUUAGUGAACUGGCCAUUCAGUUUGAAAUUGUUAUGGGCACCAAUUGUAGAUUCCGUUUAUUCAAACCGCUUUGGUAGACGAAAAUCGUGGCUCAUUCCUGCCCAGUUACUUAUAGGGUUUUUCAUGAUAUUUUUAGGAGCAAAUGUGGAUUCUUGGCUCGGUGAUGGAGCUAAUGCUGAUCCAUCCAUAAAAGAACCUGAACCUUGUGUCGGCUUACUCACAGUCAUGUUCUUCAUUCUAACUUUUCUUGCCGCCACACAGGAUAUAGCUGUGGAUGGUUGGGCUCUUACUAUGCUUAAGAGACGGAAUGUUAGUUAUGCAUCAACAUGCAAUAGUGUUGGUCAGUCAGCUGGCUACUUCUUUGGGUAUGUGGUUUUCAUGGCCCUUCACUCCCCGGACUUAUCAAACAAGUACCUUCGCUCAGAACCUUUACCUACAGGUCUUGUUACAAUAUCCAGUUUUCUGCAUAUUUGGGGAUGGAUUUUCCUAACAACAACAAUUUUAGUAGCUAUUUUCAAGAAAGAACAGGAUGUUCAAGAUCCUGAACAUGAACCAGAACCUAAUCUUGGCUUAUAUCGAGCAUAUGGCUUGCUUUGGGACAUAAGUAAAUUACCAUCAAUUAGGGUGCUUGCAUUCAUCCUUUUAACAGCUAAGAUUGGAUUCAGUGCCUGUGACGCUGUGACUGGUUUGAAACUUGUUGAUGCUGGUGUUCCAAAGGAACAUCUUGCAUUUUUAGCUGUUUUACUUGUUCCAUUGCAAAUCAUGCUUCCUAUUGCUAUAUGCAAGUACACGGCGGGGACACGCCCACUAGACGUUUAUUUGAAAGCAGUGCCUUACAGGUUAUUCUUUAAUCUGGUUGCUGCUGCUAUAGUUUAUUUAACUCCAAGUGUUAUAACUAAUGGAGAAGUACCUAUGUAUUACUAUGUUGGAUUACUUUUAUUCUACACAUUCCAUCAAAUCACUCUUUAUAUGAUGUUUGUUGCUGUCAUGGCCUUCUUUGUGAGGAUAAGUGACCCCGCUGUAGGCGGAACGUACAUGACACUUCUGAACACACUAGCAAAUUUGGGAACAACAUGGCCAUCAACAUUAUCUCUCUACAUUGUUGACUCAUUGACUUAUCGGGGCUGCUCCGCUCCUCUUUUGCAUGGAGAGAAUGAUUGUUCCUCUCCUAGUGAAAUCAAAGCUUGUGAAGCUGCUGGUGGCCUGUGUUCCGUCCAAGUAGAUGGCUAUUAUGUGGAAAUGGCCUUGUGCACAGUAUUGGGUAUCAUGUGGCUUUGGUGGGCCAAACCAAGAAUCAACUCACUCCAAUCCAAAGAAGUGCGGGAAUGGAAGGUUCAAAGACGUCGAGUUCGAUAGCAAUUAGUUUAGAUCACUCCCUUGUAUUUAUUGCUCCCUCUCUCUCUUUGAAAUUUAUGACCACAAUCAAGACUUGCUAGGGUGGUUAAAUUUUAUAUUCAAACUUAGAUGUAUUGUAUUCUUGACCUGAGUUUCACUGUGAUAAGUUUAAUUCUGAAAACCUUCCAUGUAAAAUUGUCAUCAUUGCACAAGUUUACCAAUACUGCCUUUUUUGUCAUUAUCUUCUAAUUCUUGAAGGAUAAGACACCAAUCACAUUAGCUAAUAAUAGUAUUCUGUGAAACAGACUUAUAAUUAGUGGGGAGAACUCAUCUCAUCUCUCAUGUGUGACUUUUUGUGUGAAACACAUAUAGUUGGUGUGCGUAGGAAAAAAACUUGUGUGGUGUUCCAUCUUAUUUAUGACUUUAAAAAGACAUUUCUCUUCUAGAUUCUAAUGUUUUUGGUCUUCGACAAUUUUUGUGUGGUAGAUUAGAUGCAUGGCAUUUGAUGAAAUUUACAUACCAUAUGAGAAAAUAGUAUUUUGACUGGACAUUUACACAGUCCUAAUAUCAAAAAUCAUUUUUUGUUGUUUGUGUGUUAACUUUGGUCCGGGCCGUUUCAUAUAGAAACAACUAAGACUAACUGAGUAAACUGUUUUUACUUGCUAGCUACUUACUUGAUUUCUGUAACAUAGGUAUUAUGUUUAUUGUUCUGUGAUAACUGCUGCUUGUUUGAAAUUUGUAGAAAGAUGUUGGUGUACCAUUAGUAGAUGAUCUGUUGGUAGCUUUGUUGAAAUUUGGGAAAUAAAUACAUGAUAUUUCAGUAAA